UUUAUUCAAGGAGCUAUCCGAGGGAAUGUCACUGUAGUGCCCUCACGAAAAGUUACCCUCUCCAUACCUACUUUUACCUGUAUUGAACCUACAUACAUAGAACUGAUCACAGCAUAGCUUGGGCAGCUCCUUGAAUAAAGGUAGUGGGGGAACGCUGUUUUCGAGUUACUAGCGUGAGGGGAGUAAAUUAGGCACUGCUGUAGACGGUAUAAAAAUGAUGGAGAUAUAGAUAAUUGACAAGUAAACAUGGUAUCUUUUUGGAGUUACAUUAUUUUACCAGUAGUGUUAUUUGCUGGAUUACUCCGUAAAUGUCGUGAAGGCACAUGGGGAAGAUGUAAGAAUGUAGACAGUCUGCAUGGUCGUGUAUUUAUUGUAACCGGUGCUAAUUCAGGAAUUGGUAAAGAAACUGUAAAAGAAUUAGCAAAAAGAAAAGCUACAGUUAUUCUAGCUUGUAAAAGUUUACAAAGUGCUAGAGAUACGAUAUCUGAUAUACGUUCUAAAAUAUCUACUGGAGAAUUGAUACCCAUGAAAUUAAAUUUGGCUUCGUUUGAAUCUAUCAGAGAAUUUGCUACAGAAGUGAUGAAAAACUUUCCACAAAUUCAUGUAUUAAUUAAUAAUGCUGGAGUAUAUGUACCCUUUAAAAAACAUGCUUUAACGCAAGAUGGGUUUGACAUUCAUUUCGGUGUAAAUCAUUUAGGUCAUUUCUUGCUUACAAAUUUACUCUUAGAAUAUUUGAAACAAAAUGCACCAAGCAGGAUUGUAAUCGUUACAUCAACGCUGUUUGAACUUGGAGAAAUAGAUUUUUCAAACUUAAACGGAGAAAAAGAUUUGACAAUUAAGGGACGUAUGAACCCUGCUUACUGUAAUUCAAAGUUAGCAAAUAUCUACUUUGGUAUUGAACUUGCAAAAAGGACUAAAGACAGUGGCGUUAAUGUUUAUAUGGCAUGUCCUGGGUUUACUUAUACAGGACUGUUCAGAAAUGUGAAAAGAAGUUGGUUCCAUUACAUUAUAUUUUUACCCGUUGCUUUCUUGUUUUUACGUACUGCAAAUCAGGGCGCGCAAACUGUGUUACAUUGUGCCAUAGAACCUUCUUUGUCUGAGGAAAGUGGUAAUAUUUACCGUGAUUGUAAAUCUUAUUCUGCACAAAAGAAUCUAGAUCCUGAUAUAUCACUACGUUUGUGGAAUGUUAGUGCAAAACUAGCAGGUAUCAUUAACGAGUCGCAGGAUAAAUCAGAUAUGCGAUGUUUUGUAACCGUUGAUUCGAGUGCUCAACACAGAGGUGUUGCAGGAUAAAAGGCAAAACAUUAUACACAAUAUCCUAACAAACCCGUGAUUUUAACGAUUUCUACGUAUAUGAACAAUAACUUUAGAAAUUAUAUCCUAGUUGGAUACAAAGACUUAUUAUUUAAUAAUAGUUUAUACCUGCUCUUUAAUAAUUAUUUAGCAGCAUAUAUGUGAUCGUGAGGCUUUAAAACUUAAAAGAAGUCUUGUAAUUUUCAUAUUUUAAAAUGUGUUUCUGAAUUUGAAAGUUGGUAACUCGAAUAUUAGUAUACAUAAAUGAAGAUUUAGGUAUGGUUACAAUGUUCUCAAUUAAAA